AUGGAGCUCAACAAAAUGCAGUUGAGCGUUCUGGGUGGGAAAUUCGAAUUGGCGUCCUCACAAAUUUGCGAUCUUCGACGAAAGUUGUUCAUCGAAGACAAGGAUUUGGACGAAGAGCAAGCGCAACAGAUCGAACGCGCCGCGCACUAUUGCGUCUGCUAUCAUCUUCCAGAUAAUAAGAUGAUCGGAUGCGGACGAAUUCGAAUGAUGGGCGCCGACGUCGUCGAAUUGGAUCGUGUCGGCGUGUUGGAGGAGUUUCGCCACAAUAACAUCGCCUGGGAGAUCAUUCGAGGCCUCGUCAAAUUGUGCUCCAAUUUCGGAUUGAACUAUCAUAUUUUAUUCGCCACCGUCCCCAAAAAAUAUGCUGAUCUCUUCGCGCGAAUCGGAUUCACAAUCGCCUCGAAAGAAUUCGAACAACUUGAUAUGCCACACGUUCGUAUGAUGUUCGGCACGAUACGCGACUUCAACCUAUUCUUUAAAAACCAUCCAGGAGAGCCAUUGUGCUCAUGCGAUAUUCAUAAACGUGUCGAUUUUGCGAGAAUGCGAGAUUUCGUCGAUAAGAUGAAGCGCUUCGAAAUCGUCAAUUUGCCGUUGGCGUCGGUGAUGCUCGAUGGAUUUUGGCUGCCGAACGAGUUGUUCAAAACCUCAACCAAAUGGGCCCAUAAAUGUUUCGAAACGCAAUUCCAAGAAGUCCUAACGGAGGAAUUGAAGAAAACCGGAAUGGACUUGUUGGCGAUUAUCGAAACGGAACUGCGAAAAACGAAUCCGGCAUCAAUUGUUGAAUCGUAUAACUAUUUGUACACCGUUGUACAAUUUGUUCUAUGCUAUAUCUAUGCGUCGUUGGGAAAUAUUUCUUUGGCUCUACAGUGCGCGGAUUACGGUACCAUGUUCGGAAUGUGCUACGUAUUUUAUGCGCCAUUGGUGGACUACGCAGAUUAUUUGCAUAGUAGAAUAAUGCUUCCAGAUUAUCACGUUAUUCAUUCCGAUUAUCUAAUGAUUUACGAAGAAAGUUAUGAGAGGGUUUAUCCAACGACGUCGGUGUACGAGUGCGCGAUGAAUUUCGACGAAUUCUACUCGAAAUGUAAGCAGAAUGAGCCGGUGAUUUGCCGCGGCGGUUAUAUCGACGCGCCCGCCAUAAACGCAUGGACCAACGUUGAAUAUUUCUUGAGGCUCUUGCACAGCAGGCUUGUCAUGGUCACCGUGUGCUCGUCGUAUACGGCUGACGGACCCGAAACGAAAUUUAUGUACUUCAAGGAUUUCAUGGAGAACAAAAAUAAUGAGAAAAUUUGCAUUCGAAUGUAUCAAAUUUUCCAACAAGUUCGUCCGCUGUUCACCGAUGUUUCAAUUCCGUACAUCUGUCAGCGUCUCAACACGACGAACACGCUGCCGGAAGAAAGUAUUUGGAUUGGCCAACAGAAAAUCACGUCGCCGUUCCAAGUCGACUAUGUGAUGCAUAUCAUAUUCGCUCAGAUUUUCGGAAAAGUGCUCGUGCGACUGUGCUGUCCGAAAUCCAGCGAACAAAUGUAUCCGAUGAGUGGUGCUUUGAGCUAUAUCAGUCAGGUUGACGGCGAAUAUCCGGAUUUUGAAAAGUUCCCGCGGUUUGCUGAUGUCGAGGUGUUCGAAGUCGUCAUGUGCCCUUCUGACUUGCUAUUCAUUCCACGUGGCUGGUGGUAUAUGGUCAAAAAUCUCUCGCCAGCGAUUUCCAUCCAUUUUCGCCAACAAUAA